AUGGGAAUCUUACCAGUUCGAGCGGAGUUGAGGAAGCGCGGUAUUGAGAUGGAUACGAGUUGUCCUUUCUGCAUGGAGGAGGAGGAAACAUGGUUUGCCACUUCUUUGAGCAUGAGAUUCUCUCAUGGUGAUGCACCAGCUCUCUAUAUUCAGCAGAUUUUGGACAGCGAUGAUUCAGAGGUAAUCGGCAUGAGUUUCACUUUCAUUUAUGCAAUCUGGGAGCAACGUAACAGUGUAAUUCACAAGGGGUUGCCGGCCAGCUUCAAGGUGGUCCUUCAGCGGUUAGCAGCGCUGCGGUGUCCGGACAACAGUGAUUUGGUAGCAUCUCCGACAGCCCGUGUGGAAAACGUGAGUACGUCAUGGCGGAGACCGCGUGGAGGCACAAUAAAACUUAAUUUUGAUGCUUCAUGGACAGCGGAUACAGGUGCUGGUUUUGGCAUGAUCACACAGAAUUUCAACGGCGAGGUCAUGGCAGUUGCUGCUUUUGGUCGAGUGGAGGCUCCGUCUGCUCUCGUGGCUGAAGUUUUAGCAUUUCGGUGGUGUAUGUUAUUGGCAAGGGACCUUGGCUUCUUCCGAGUGGUUCUAGAAACGGAUUGCAAGCACUUAUUUGAGACUUGGAAGAAGAAUAAGCCGAGGUCAUCUUAUUUAUUUUCUAUUUUGAAUAAUUGUCGAGAGAAACGGUCUCUUUAUUUUCUUGUUUUGAUUUAUCCUUUGUGCGCCGUUCUGGCAAUUGUGUGGCUGAUUAUCUGGCAAAAAACACCUCAAAAUUUUCCAAUGUUGUUUGGAUUGAGGAGGUUCCGCCAGAAUUGGACCCUUUGGUAA